CACCUUAACAGCACCUUAACAAACCCCAACCCCCACCAACCCCCGCAACAUGCAGCGCCUUGCCCCCAUAUGGGCCGUCUUGCUCAUGCUCGCCACGGCCGGCGCCGUCAAGGAGUAUCUCUUCAAAGACUGCCGCCAGUCCGGCUUCUGCCACCGAAACAGGCACUACGCCAGCCAGAUGGCCCGCCUAGGCGCGUCCGCCCUGCCGUACACAAUCGCCCCCGGCUCCGUUUCCGUGUCCGACACGCACAUCCACGGCCUCCUCACCAAGAGCCUCCCGCACGGGGGCCACGUGCAGUUGCCGUGGCUGGUGUCGGUGUUAAACGGCGACUCCGUGCGGUUCAAGGUCGACGAAAACCGCAGCCACGUGGACGUCGAGGGGCUUGAUUGCCGGCGCUACGACCAGGCGCUCGACGCGGUCUUCGGCGCGCCGGCCGCCGCCAAGACCACGCCACUUGAAGGUGCCGCUUUGCGCCGGGAAGCCGGGCGCGUGACCUACGCUUUCGGCCCCGCCGGCUCGUACUCCGUGGCGGUGCAGUACUCCCCGGUCAAGGUCACCAUUUGCAAGGCCGGCGAGCCCCAGGUAGUGAUCAACGACCGGGCGCUCCUCAACAUGGAGCACUUCCGCGCGGAGGCGGACAACGCGGCGCACGUCCACGCGCAAUUGGAGCUGGACUUCGACAUGUUCCGCGAUUCGUUCGGCGACGCCAAGAACGACCGCUUGCCGCUCGGCCCCGAGGCCGUGGCCGUGGACGUGCGGCUCCCGGGCUAUCGCCACGUGUACGGCGUGCCCGAGCACGCGGACGCGCUCAGCUUGAAAGACACCACGCACUCCGACUGGCCGUACCGCUUGUUCAACGUGGACAUCUUCGAGUACGAGACCGACUCGCGCAUGCCCAUGUACGGCGCCAUCCCGCUUCUUGUGGGCGCCAAGCCCGGCGCGGCCGUGGGCGUGUUGUGGGCCAGCGCCGCCGACACGUUUGUCGACGUCCACAAGGCCGAGUCCGUGGCCGCGCACUGGAUCUCGGAGAACGGCGUGUUGGACAUGGUGGUGAUUCUUGGCGACCGCCCGGCGGACGUCAACCGCAAGUACGGGCUCCUCGCCGGCUUCGCCGCGCUCCCGCAGGAGUUUGCCUUGGGCUACCACCAGUGCCGGUGGAACUACAACGACGUGGCCGACGUGUUGGCCAUCGCCGAUCAAAUGGACCAGCACUUGGUGCCGUUCGACACGGUGUGGCUCGACAUCGAGUACGCGGACCGCAAGCAGUACUUCACGUGGAACCCCAGCACGUUUGGCGGGCACGCGGCCAUGAUGGAGCUGCUCGACGUGACUGGCCGCAACCUCGUGGUGAUUGUCGACCCGCACCUCAAGACCGGCUACGGCGUCAGCGACCGCGUGGAGCUGCUCGGCAUCGGCAUCAAGACCCCGGCGAACGCCACCUACAAGGGCCACUGCUGGCCCGGCGAGUCGGUGUGGGUCGACGCCUUGAACCCGCUGGCGCAGGCCUACUGGGACCUGCUCUUCGCGUUCCACCACGGCCUGUUCUUGGGGCGCCACACCAACGUGCACCUCUGGAACGACAUGAACGAGCCGUCCUUCUUCAACGGGCCGGAAACAUCCUCGCCAAGGGACAACUUGCACUACGGCGCCGUCGAGCACCGCUCCGUGCACAACCUCUGGGGCAAGGCGUUCCACGAGCUCACCCACAACGCGCUCUCCAAGCGGCUCGCGCCCACCAGCCGCCAGAGACCGUUCAUCUUGACCCGCUCCUACUACGCCGGCUCCCAGCGCACGGCCGCCAUGUGGACCGGCGACAACAUGGCCUCGUGGGAGCACCUCCGCGCGUCCGUGCCCAUGGUGUUGACCUCCAACGUCGUCAACAUGCCCUUUGCCGGCGCCGACGUCGGCGGCUUCUUCGGCGACCCCUCCAAGGAGCUUUUGGCCCGCUGGUACCAGACCGGGAUCUGGUACCCGUUUUUCCGCGCCCACGCGCACAUCGACUCGCGCCGACGCGAGCCCUGGGUGCCCGGCGAGCCCUACUUGUCCAUCAUACGCGACGCCGUGCGGCUCCGCUACGCCUUGCUCCCCACGCUUUACACCCUAUUCCACGAGGCCAGCGUGGACGGCACGCCGGUGUGGCGCCCGAUGUUCUAUGAGAGCCCCGAGGACACGCUGACAUACGAGCUCGAUGACCAGUUCUUCUUGGGCAACUCGGGUCUUUUGGUCAAGCCGGCCACGGAAGAAGCGUGCGACAACGUGUCGGUGUACAUUCCGCACGGCCAGGUCUACUACGACUACACUAACGGGCGCCCCAGGCCCCACUCCAGGCUCGAGGGGUCCGGCCGCGUCUCCAAGAAAGUCUCGCUCGCCGACAUUCCUGUUUUCGUCAAGGGAGGCUCGAUCUUGGCCCGCAGAGACCGGUACCGCCGCUCCGCGAAGUUGAUGCGAAACGACCCGUACAGCUUGGUGGUGGCUCUCAGCAAGGACAGCACGGCCCAGGGCAGGCUCUACAUCGACGACGGCGAGUCGUAUGGCUACAAGGAAGGGAAGUCGUUGCUUGUUUCGUUCGAGGCUACGGCCGGGAGGCUCACCGGCACCUCUCGAAGUGGUGACGAGACCUAUGCCGCUUCACUAAGGCAUGUGAUGGUGGAGCGGAUCACGAUUGUCGGCUGGGGAGGCUCCCAUGUCGAGGGCGUUGAGAUCACCCAGCAAGACACCACGUGGAGCGCGAAGUUCGAGAGGAACGGCGACAUGAUUGAGGUGCUUGGACCCAAGCUCAAUAUUGUCGACGACUGGGUCGUCCGGUUCAGGGAGGUCGAGCAGGAUGUGCACGAUGAGUUGUGAGCUCGCAGGGUCAUGGGUGCGCCUCGGAGAGAGGACGA